AUGGCCAUCACCCUACGCGAAUUUCCAGAUGUCGAAUGUUUGCGCAACACAUCAUCACGGAAUCUCGCAGAAAACGUGUCAAACUUGGUAUGCCCAGAAAAAUACAGAUGUAACUCCGCCACGAUUUUACGCAACUGCCAUUCUACCAAGAUACGCCAAAACGGCCGGAAUCUCUCAUGUGAAAUCACAGAUGCAAACAAAUCGCGUAUAUGCGCUAGACAAAAAGCAUUCGUUCAAAAAUUGAAGCGUGUGAUGCAAAAGAAGUUAGCGUUAAUUAGCGUCCUGAAUACGAUCCAAGAGACGCCGAGAAACCUACUCGCCCUCAUUACAAGGCAACUAUAG